GAUUAGUCCGAAAAUUUAACAUUGUCAUUUGACCUACAACGAAUCUGAAUGGAAAAAGCUGAAACAGGAUGUAAAAACGUGCGAUCGUUAGCCGGAAGUUUUCAAUCGAAUUCUUGCGCUGUAGCAGACAUCGAUUUCCUCUUCCUGGUUUUGACCAAAGUGAAAGUUGAAAACAUUUAAUCCAGUUUUGUUGGUCGUUAGACAGUUCAUUAUUAAUCCUUUUGUGAAAGAUAAUAAAAUGUCCGCCAUUUUAAACGCUUCGAUGUGUUUUUGGAAGACUUUAUUUACUGCAUGUGAGCAAUGGCGGAUUUGGAAGAAAGUGAAGUGACAGUAACAGUUGGUGAUGAUGGCUACCUUUCAUACACAACUGUGGAGCAGACAGGUGAUGAGAAUGGCCUGGAUGAGGAGGAGAUGUCGAUGGAGCCGGCAGAGAAACGCCUUCGCCUAGAGGACAUGGAAGACCAGUCUGGGGAUGACCAUAUCAUACAGCAUGUCGCUAGCAUUGAGGACACCAGUGAACUGGAAGUUCAAGAUGGGCAGAUCAUCCAGGAUGACUCUCAGCUGAUACAGGAACAUGACAUACAUGGCUUAUCAGAUAGCAAUGUAGUUAUACAACAAGCAGAGGAAGAAGUGGUGGGCCAGCUGCCGGCCCCUCAGUACCAGAAUCUGAUCAUACAACAUAUGGACAUAGCAGAACCACUUGCUACACUCAAACAGUUACUGGAGCUAAGGCUGCAAUGCUCCCUUUCGGAUCACCAGUUUUACCUGCAGGACAGCAUACCAUUGGACACGCGGAAGAGUCUGGUUGACCAGUGUGUCCAGGGGGAAGGCAUGGUACAGAUUAACCUGGAGGUCAAGUCUCAACCUGGUAUGAAGCCUAAGAUAAACAUUCUGGACAUUUUGAAGCCGGCUGAGGAGGUGGAACCUGCUGUCGAACAACAGAGCCCAACACAGACAAGUGGACCUUCUGGGACAAAGGUUGUCUCUAGUGAUGAGUCAGAGAAUAUCACACGCUGGAUUGUGGAUCAACACUUCCGCAGAGAUCAAGAGAGGCUCAAAAUACCUUACGACCCAGUGCAAUGGACCCCUGUACAUGUGAAACACUGGAUUAUGUGGGCAGUGAAUGAAUUCAAACUGCAGGACGUCGAUAUUAACAACUUUAACAUGAGUGGUGCAGAACUUUGUGAACUUACGCACAGUGACUUUAUCAAAUACAUACCUCAUGACAGGGGUGAUAUUUUCUGGACACAUUUGGAACUGCUGAGGAAGUGCAAAUUUGUUGCUGUGAUGCAGCAGCCAGCAGUGCAGCCUUUCACCAUCACCGUUGCUUCAGGGAAGAAGACAUUUAAAACGAAAUCUCGUGCGCCAAGAAUCACAGGGGACCAUGGGUUUUCACCAGGAAACAGAACAGGUAACAAUGGACAGAUACAGCUGUGGCAAUUCCUGCUAGAGCUACUCACAGACAAGGAUUGUCGAGAAGUGAUACAAUGGGUAGGGGAUGAUGGUGAAUUCAAGUUGAACAACCCAGAAAUGGUUGCCCAGAUGUGGGGGGCCCGUAAAAACAAGCCCACAAUGAAUUAUGAGAAACUCAGCCGUGCCUUAAGAUACUACUAUGAUGGGGACAUGAUUGCCAAGGUGCAUGGGAAGAGGUUUGUGUACAAGUUUGUUUGUGAUCUGAAAAUGCUGCUGGGAUAUUCGGCAGCCGAAUUGAAUCGACAAGUGACAAUGUGUGCAGAGAAAAAGUUGCAACGAGUUCGUGAGACAUUGAGACCCACAGUUUCAUCUCUCGGCAAACAUAAACUUGUUACCCACACAGUGCAAACAACGCUUGAAUGACCACAAGUGAUCACCGAGUGACCAUUGUGUGAUAUCUUUCUUGGGCGUCUAAUGCCAUGAUGUUCUGAUGCCCAAAUAGCCAUACACAGAUGGCUGGAUUUGUUUAUGUCCUUCUAACCUGUCUCGAGUAUGCUUACUUGCUGAGGUGUAUGGGACUUUGUUAACCCGUAACUUAUCACCUUGAGGUGCACCUUUGAGCUUUUCACCUUCUUUGGAGCUUCGGAAAAAAACAACUGGGGAACGUGUUAACAUCAAAACUACAUUACAUUUAAAAAAAAGUUCAUGCCUUGAUAUUUAAAAAAUACUUCAGAUUCUUACAUGUAUUUUCAGCUGAUUGAAUCUGGUCGUGCGUCGUAAUUUAACAAUUUCCAAAAUGAAUCUGGUCGUGCGUCGUACUUUUACCAUUUCCAAAAUGAAUCUGGUCGUGCGUCAUACCUUUACUUAUUCCAAAAAGUGCAUUAUUUUUUGCAUUUAUAAGCAGCUUGUUUAUUCAAUGAAUCUGGUUUUAGUAUCCAAAGAUCUGAAAAAAUAAACUAUUACAACAAUUUUCAUUUAUCUAAAUUAAUGAUUAUCUUAUGAAAGGGAAAAUAAUAUUCUAUAAUUAAAAAUAAAGUUUCUUAAAAGUUUUAUAAAGAAAUCAUUUUUAAUGCUCGCUGUACAGAAUUGGAACUGCCUGUCUUGUAGAUGACUGUUUUUCAAAGAACAGUCUGGCUAUUGUGAUAGCAUACUAACUUGGACAGUCAGACUUUAAAACCAGAGAUGUGUUGGUGUUUUAUCAGUAGUGCUCUUGUUCCCAGCUUACUUAAAGAAUUAUUGGGCGUUUGGAUGAAAACAAAGAAUGCUCCUUUAACAUACAAGUUAAAUUAUGAACUAAAUAAUUUGUUUCCCUUCAAAAGUUUAUAUAAUCAAGGGAUUUCCCCAAUACUUCUCAGUCUGAUUUUGAGUUUGUAGUUAAGUAAUGUGUGUAUUUCGAAGAAUGUGGAGAGCUAUUCUAUUCACACUAGUGUCUGCGUCACACCUUAGUUAAGGUUUUGCAUGUAACCACAUCCAAGUUAACAUGUCAGCAAAUACAUCAUGUAUUGCAUUGAAACUUUAGACAUGUAUUCCCAACUAAUCCAACUGACUUACUGGAGUAUGUCAAUAAUUCAGCCGCUACUUGAUGCAUUGAAACGUCAUUAAACAAUCAAGUAUGGUAACUCUAUCUUGCAUAUAAUGCAAAUUUUGUCCCUUUAUUUUUUAACUUCAAAAUUCUGGUUAAGGGUUUUGCGUUGAACCUUUAUCUAAUUUUGCAGUGAUUCAUGCAUGUUUACCGUAAACUUUGCAAUUCUUACACUCAAAAGUGGCAGAAUAGUCGAGCAUUCUGUCACUGCGACAGCUCUUUUUCAAGUUGCUUUUCAGUGCUCCAUUUACACCUUUUGUUCAUUAUGAUAUCCUUUAGUUGGGACCUACACUACUUCAUCCAUUCCAGCUUAGAUUAAGAUGUAUUGGGUCUAUGUGCCUUGAAAUAGUUUGUUUGUGUGAUAACUGUAAUAGAAAAAUUGGCUGAUUGUUCAGAAGUUUGUUCCAGUUAACAACCUUAUGUUUGCUUACUUUUAAAUAAUAAAUAAACUGUAAUAGACCUUGAGACACCUGUUUCAGCUUUACCUGUAUUAUUCAAAUAAACAUAUUACAAAUUAUUUCACAUUUGGAAUUAAACAAAAAUGCUGCUAAUAAUUAUUUUAACUUGAAUGAAGUUAUGAACAAUCAGCCAAUUGUAAACUCAAGUGUACUCCUAGUUUUCAAAAAUGUGUUCAUAUACACAUGUGUAGAGAUGAUACAUAAAGCCAGCCUUUGUUUACCAUCUGACUGGACUUGUUAAACUUGAUUAGUUUUUGUUCUUUAUGGCAAACAAUAUUAUUUCUUAAUUAGCCAUUUCAAACUACUAAAUUUUAUUUUACACACCUUUAUUUGAAAGUUUGCGUCAAUAUUCAUAUUGAUUUCGAAAAAAGUGUUACUCAGGGAUGUGUAAACUUUAAAAAAUAUGCAAAAUAUUUUUAUUUCAAUCAUUGAUUAUUAAGUAUGGGUUUUGUCCAAUUUAUUUGAACUUUGGCACUGGCAUAGCUUUGAAGAAUUUUUAAUCAUUACAACACAACCAGUAGGUCAGUAAUCUGCCGUCCCUCAUAGCCAUAGCCCAGUGGUUUUAUACAUUAGGAUUUUGAAAUACUUCUAUUAGUUCAUUUUAUUUCUGAAGAUUCAUUAGAUUGUCAUAAAUCCUAUAGUUUAUUUUAAAUGAAUGACAAAGCAACAUACCUGGGUACAAAUGCAGAUAAAAGUUCAAUAAUAAGCUAUUAAGAAAAUGCAAUUAAAAUUAAAAAUUAAAGGGAAUAUCAUUCAAUGCAGGUCUGAAACUCUUGACCUCCAUCAUGUCAGCCCUUUGAUAUUUCCACUGAGCUAGCUAUUCAUGGUGUUGAUUCAUGACUUCAAAAAACAAUACAUUUUAACAUUUAUAUAAUAAUAAAUUGAUUUUUAGAGCAAUGUUAAAUUCUUGUAAAACGUUCAGAAGAUGCAGAGGAUGAACUGGAGACUAAUUGACUGUGUUAUUAUGCACCUGUGACAGUUCAAAUAAAUCGGACAAUAACUGAUUAGAAAUACAUUUUAAAAUAGAUAUUUUUCGUUAAGUUUGUGUAUAGUUCUUCUAUCUCUGUUUUAUAUCCUGUAGCCUAUUGUGUUAAAAUUGUUAAUAUGAUAUCUGUUAUGAACUGAUGGUAGCUGUUUUAUGUAGCUGUUAAAGGAUGUUUUUGACAUAUUCAAAAAAAUGAUUGUCCUCCUUGUGCAAGAACUCAAUAACUGCAUAUAAAAAUCAAAGCCUUUAUAAGGUGGUGUCAUGCAUUUAUAUGUAUUAUUCAACUUGUAUAUAUAUGCUCAGAACACUUUCCCUCCUUUAGGAUUUCGAUAUUCAAAUUACCACAAACUGAACCCUUUUUGCUGUUUUUGAAAGAAUUUGUAGUUCCCAUUUCUGUGAAUGUUUUUUUAGAUUUCUUUGGUAACAUAUUAUUGAACAGUUCUGAAAACUUGUUGUUUUGAAAAACAGAGCCAUACAUGGUUAAGUAAAGAAUCAGUUUGAACAUUUUUAUGCUAUUUAUUUGCUGUAAGGUUUAAAGUAUGGAAAAUAAAAAUGUGUGCAAUUUGAAAGAACUGCACACAGCAUGUUUUGCAAUAAAAUACCAAUGUAUGAAAACAGAAUUUGUAAAUAUUGAUUAUGAAGCUUAUUCAAAAUAAACUUACAACUGCU